UGCGACCUGCGACAACUACACGAAACCCACUUCUGAUUUUCUGAAAAGGAGGUCACAUAUAUACCCACUCCACCCGGCGCGUCGUCGCCGUCCGUCCCACCACCGGAUCCCGCCCGCGCUGCCAGAUCCAGGUGUCCAGAUCCCCGAAGGGCGAAGUCCUGAACCCCCUGCGCGUACCCCCAUGGAGCCCUCGCCGGCGCAAGCGGGCGCGUCGGACCGCGACCGCUCGCCGCCUCCACCUCCGCCUCCGCCGUCCCAGUCGUCGACCGCAGCGUCGAUCUCAUCGCCGCUCGCCGUCGUCUGCAGUUUCUGGAAAGAUUUUGAUUUGGAGAAGGAAAGAAGCGGUUUGGAUGAGCAAGGUUUAAAGAUUGCGGAGAAUCAAGAAACUAGUCAGAAGAACAGGCGUAAGCUCGCUGAGAACACGCGGGAUUUCAAAAAGGCAUCUUCAGAUGAGAAGCUCAGUUUAUUCAAUUCUUUGCUGAAGAGUUAUCAAGAGGAAGUUGAUAACCUCACAAAGAGAGCAAAGUUCGGAGAAAAUGCAUUUCUCAACAUCUAUCAGAAGCUCUAUGAAGCUCCUGAUCCAUAUCCAGCUCUUGCUUCAAUGGCUGAUCAAGACCAGAAAUUAUCUGAACUGGAGACUGAAAACCGUAAGAUGAAACUAGAGCUUGAAGAAUACCGUGCUGAAGCUGCGCACUUGAAGAACCAGCAGGCAACAAUUAGGCGACUUGAAGAGCGUAAUCGCCAACUGGAACAGCAGAUGGAGGAGAAAGUAAGGGAGAUGGUUGAAAUGAAGCAGCGAAGCAUGGCUGAGGAUAGCCAGAAAACUCUAGAAGCCCUGAAAGAUAGGGAACGGUCGCUGCAGGACCAACUAAGGCAAGCUACAGAAAGUGUAAAGAAUAUGCAAAAACUACAUGAAUCGGCGCAAAGCCAAUUGUUUGAGCUUCGCACUCAAUCAGAGGAGGAUCGAGCUGCAAAGGAGGCUGAAGUCAGCCUUCUGAUGGAUGAAGUUGAAAGAGCUCAAGCACGAUUAGUCAGUCUUGAGCGGGAAAAGGGGGAUCUACGUUCACAGUUGCAGACAACUAAUGAGGAUGCAAGCAAAAGUAGUGACUAUUUGGAAUCAAGUGAUAUACUUGAGAGUUCCUUGAACGCCAAGGAGAAGAUUAUCUCAGAGUUGAAUGCAGAACUUCGCAGCAUUGAAAAUACUUUAUCAAGUGAGAGAGAAAUGCAUGUGAAUGAGCUUAAGAAGUUGACGACUUUACUCACUGAACAGGAAAGUGCUCUUAUGGAGUUGAAGAAAGAACUCCAGGAAAGACCUACACAAAAAAUGGUAGAUGAUCUCAAGAAAAAGGUUCAGAUUUUGCAGGCUGUUGGUUACAACUCCAUUGAAGCUGAAGACUGGGAGCUAGCUACCAAUGGUGAAGAAAUGAGCAAGUUGGAAGCAUUGCUUCUCGACAAGAACCGUAAAAUGGAGCAUGAGCUAACACAACUGAAGGUUAAAAUAUCAGAGAAGACAAGUCUUCUUGAGGAAGCUGAAAAAAAGAUUGCUGAACUAACUUCAAAGGUCGAAGAGCAACAAAAGCUGAUCUUGAAACUUGAGGAUGACAUACUAAAGGGCUACAAUUCAACUGAUAGGAGGGGCUCACUCUUGAAUGACUGGGAUCUUCAAGAAAUCGGCUCAAGUGAAGCAUCUGAGGGCUCUGAUCCAAGGCAUGCAUCAGCAGAUCAAGAUCAAAGUUCGAUGCUCAAGGUCAUUUGCAAUCAGAGGGAUCGUUUCCGUGCACGUCUGCGUGAAACUGAGGAGGAACUGAGGAGACUGAAAGAGAAGUAUGAGAUGCUGACUGUUGAACUGGAAAAAACUAAAGCUGAUAAUGUGCAACUGUAUGGAAAGAUUCGAUAUGUCCAGGACUAUAGCCAUGACAAGAUUGUUUCCAGGGGACCAAAAAAGUAUGCAGAAGAUCUUGAAAGUGGUUCUUCUGAUGUUGAAGCAAAGUACAAGAAAAUGUAUGAGGAUGACAUAAAUCCAUUUGCUGCUUUUUCAAAGAAGGAAAAGGAUCAACGAUAUAAGGAACUUGGUUUAAGAGACAAAAUCACACUUAGUAGUGGUCGUUUUCUCCUUGGUAACAAAUAUGCACGGACGUUUAUAUUCUUCUACAGCAUCGGAUUGCAUCUCCUUGUAUUUACAUUGCUGUACAGAAUGUCAGCUUUGAGCUAUCUCAACACAACAACUCAGCAUGAUGAGAUCAUUCUGGAUGCUGGCAAUCAGACGCUAUCGCACAUGCUUUAGGUCAAGGUUAAGUUCCAUAUGACAGUAGAAAAAUAGACCCUAUGGGUUUUGAUCUAUAGGAUCUUUGCAUAGGAUCAUGACUGAGAUUUCUAUUGACUUGUUUACUCUGUUCCCUUGAGCGCCUGGAUAUGUUUCUGUAGAUAAAAAAAAAGAGAUUCCAGUUUUGGGGGCAGGCGUGGGCGGGGCAUGGGCUUUGAACUCUACAAUACUGUUGUAUUACUAAUUUACCAUCUUGUUGGUAAAUGAAAGCACACUUGUCACAAAGGUAUGCCAUACCAUCAUAAUAUUGUUUAUAGAGUGAAAU